UUUCAGUCGAAUGACAAUAUGCGCAAACGGUUACAGUUGCAUCACCCUUCGCAUCUUCUCUUUCGUUAGACGCUGAAUCAGUAAUGAUUUUACGAGAAGAAUAUGAAGCCCACGAUGUUGCUGGGUUGCUGAAAGAAUAUUUUCGUGAAUUGCCUGAUCCGUUGAUGACUGAAGAUGCUUAUGCACACUUCAUCACUGCGAGUACGUCAACUUUCUCAGCUUUCAGACAGUAUUAGUCCUGCGUGUGAUGACUUUUUGGCAGACAAACGGAAUAUAUUUUUAACUUGAUUUAUAGUUUCAUUAAAAGCAAUGCCCAUGUUACGGGGCUAAAAUAAUACAGUAUAUUAUUUGCACCGUUGACGAUCCGGGUGUACCUAAUUGUUUCCGUCAAACAAAACAAUAGACCUUAUGCAUAAUGAUGUCACAAGACUUGAUCCCGGAGGAAUUCUGGUCUUAGUAGUCAUCGCCCGGUAAAAUUAAACAAUUCAAAAUGGCCACUAUCGAAAUUUUCCCGGGCGAUGACUACUAAGACCAGCAUUCCUCUUGGGCAUCAAGCCUUGUGACGUCAUUAUGCAUAACGUCUAUUGUUGUAGUUAUUUCAGCAUACAAUUUUCCAAUUUCUUUUCUGAUAUAGGUUUAACGCCUGACCAUGAUGACAAGCUACAUAUGUACAAAAAUAGUCUUGGUCGUUUACCUGAAGUGAACCGAACUACAUUGAAGGCUGUAAUUAAUCACUUAGUGAGGUGACUAUACAGUGGCGACGCCCAGAGGGAGGGGGGGGGGGGGGCUGCCCCCAGUUUGUCAGAAUAAGUUUUAGAUUCGUUCAAUUCCAAUGAAUGGAACGCAUUGGGGGACACAUGCAUGUUGAAAGGUGAUUUAUUAAGACCUAUACAUGUUUUCUCCAAGUGCCUCCACAAUGCAGGGAAUGCCGUUAUAUCGUUUAUUUUCUAUGACAAGCUGGAUGAUUUUAUAUUGCUAUAGUAUGCGACUAGACUUGUUCCAAGGCGACCUCCACUGUUAAAGCCCAUUUCCACUCGAAAAGAAAAUUUUGUAAAAUGUGAUUGGCCGACACAAAUUUUCCAAAAAAAAUUUUGAAGUUGAAAAUUUUUAACUUAAUUUUAACAAUGAUAUUUUGUUAAAAUUUUCUGUCCAUGGAAAAUUUUCUUGAGGGGAAAUGGGCCUUUAUAUUUUCCUUAAGGCCCUGUUACACGGUGCAAUUUUUCAUGCAACUUGUCUCGUAAUGUUUAAAAAAGAUUUUGAUAAUGCAUUGCAAGAGGUGUUACACGCUGCAAUGAUUUUCAUGCAACUCGCAACGAUAGUGGACAGAGGCAUGCGAAAAGACUAGGAAGAGGCGCUAUUUGGCGCCAAGUUUUAAUUAAAGUAAAGCGUGAACUGGGGAGAGCCAAUAGGAACUCUCCAAGCUAUAAACAUUGCGAGACAAGUUGCACGAAGCCAUGUUACACGCUGCAAUGCUAAAAAUAAUUAGUGCAAUCGUUGCCAAAAGUAGAACCGACUUCUAUUCUGUGCAAUGCUUCAUGCAACUUGUCUCGCAAAGAUUUUGACAAUUGCAAGGCAUGUUAAACGGUGCAAUGACUCGUGCAACUUGUCUCGCAACGCCAUUGCGAGACAAGUUGCAGGAAAAAUUGCACCGUGUAACAGCCUAACAGGGCCUUUACUCUUUUGUAAAGUACUUCGAUGAUUCCGUCGGUUCGAAGUAAAGACAAAGGACUUUGCGAAAGUCUAGUAUGUUACCUAAAAUUGUAUUUUUAAACUCUUUGACUAAUUGAAGUCAUGUUAUAUUUUUAUAGAGUUUCCUCGAAGUCACAACAAAAUAAAAUGAAAGUGAAAAAUAUAUCGCUAAUUUUUGGACCAACGCUGAUGUCAAACAAACACGUGAGUAUACUUAUGAUGAAUCUAAAGACAUAUUUAUUCAAUAAGAAAUUUCGAAAUUUUUUAAUUUAAUUACAUGGUGAAGAAUAUGUUCGAUUCGUUAAACUCAAGACUUCAUCAGACCAAUUAAAAGAUUAUCAUCUUACAUUUUGAUAUACAGUGUAAUUUAAUAUGGUUAAAACUAGGGGUUACUAUCGCAAGGAAAGUGUUGCUUUGGAUCCACAGGCGAAUACUAAUAUAUCGGAAAACUAAAUGCAAAAUUCUUUUCAUUUAGCUUAAAAUAGUUUACAUUUACAUGUACCCGUCAGGGCCGCCGAGAGGGGAUGGGGAGCAGGGGGCAAAUUGGCCCGGGCCCCCACCUUAAUAGGGUCCCAACUUGAGAGCAAGAGCCUAAAAUUGAGUAGGUUCUUUAAAUUGGUCAGAUAAUUUUUGGAAUUGAGGGCCUCUUACAGUACCUCCACAUGCAGUCUACUAGUUAAAGUCUAGCUGCAGGGUCUAGCUUAAAAAUAAUGAUUUCAUGUGUUUGCCCCGGGCCUCGCGAAUUCUCUCGGCGGCCCUGGUACCCGUACAAAGAAACACUGUAUGUAUAUAUGAUUUAUUUCGUUGCAAAAAUUGAGAUUACAACACUUCAAAAACUGACUGUACAAAAACUAUUUCAAGUUUACAAACUAACAUAUUCAACAUAUACAAAUUAAAAGAAGAGAACGAAGAAGAGAACGAAGAAAGAGACAUGUAGACUAAAUGCACAAAAUACAAACAUACAAUACACGCACGGUAGAGGUAAACAGACACAUAGACAGAAAUUUAACGAUGAACAUAAAAGUACACGAGCACAGAAACAGGCAGGCACGCAAUUUGAAUGAACAUGCCCUGUGGCAGGGGCAAUUGCGCACCAAAUCACGCACCAUGUCGUGAAAGAAAUAGGAUUGGAAAACGUGUCAAGAUGGACUUCUUUACAUAGAACGUUUCAGGGUUUGACAAUACGAUCUUAAAGAUAGAGGAUUGAAAAGUACAUGUAGUUGCACAGAGGAGUUUGAAGGACAACACUAACAACCUGACUAAGUUGUGUACGACUAUGUUCAACAAAAGAAACAUGAAUCAUAACUGUUUAUGUUAAUGUCAAUAUAGGGUCAUUCUAUUUAAUACCCCCCCCCCCCCAUGGAUAAGGUUAGUAAAAUGUUAACCCCUAAGAAAAAAAGGAUCAAAGUACCGACAGAAACGACUUUGUAGUCACCCUUCAGAAAAAUCCAUCCAUAGGGGGAUGGGGGUGGACAUUAAAUGGAAUGGCCCAUAGUCAUAAAGUGUCUUGCCCGAAACUUUGAUCUUUGACGUAACAGAGGGGUAGAAGUUCCAAUGUCAAUCUCUCUUUAUAUGUCAUUUCUCAACAAUUAUCCAUUUCUGUCCAUAUUUUUUUGAAGUAACAAUCCAUAGAAUAUUUCGAGCUGUCAGGAGGGCACGACUUGUUGGUGUAUAAAUCAGUACAUAAAUUCCAAUGACUUUGUGCCUGUGUAUGCCUCAAUGGGUUCCACCACAAUGGGCCAUAGUCACAUUUUACUACUAAGGUUCCAAUGACCAGAUGUUAUCUGAAGUAACAUAAUUUGGAAUGGAAUUUGAAUAGACACGCUAUAUAUACACAGUUCACUGGAUAUUAUAUAGUUCACUGACACUGGGAUUGAGUAGAUACUUCAGAAUGAUUGAAUGAAUAUUAGCCUCCUCCGCAGGCAUCUCACCCGACGAAUCGGGUGGUGGGAAUUUUUUUCCAAACCCAUUCGCAGGCUAGAACCCAUAGAGAGGCCUGCGGAGGAGGCUACCUCGAAACAUGUAACUCUCUGAUAGCUCUCCGAAAAAGGACUCAAACUCUCAAAGGAGUUCGGGAAGCAUCGAUAAAAAAGAACCGCACCCCCUACUUUUUAUAAUAAACUUCGCAUACUAAAAUACCCCCGUUUUGAAAAUCCGGACAAAUUCAAUUUCUCAAAGUCGAGAUUGGACAUUACCGUAUUUACUCGUUUGAGCGCCGCCCCCGAAUAAGCGCCGCAUUUGAGAUCAAAUUUUUUUAAAGAGCGCCGCCCCCGAAUGAGCGCCGCACUAAACAGUGUAAAAACUUUCCACCGUCAAAAUGGAGACAUUUAGUGACAAAUACAUUAAAAACUUGUUUAUUUUAUUGUUAAAAGUUCUUCUUAUAAUACACAAAUAAAAGUUUUUUUAAAGAGCGCCGCCCCCGAUUGAGCGCCGCCUCCGAAUGAGCGCCGCAUCUGAAGCUCUGAAAAUUUAAAGAGCGCCGCGGCGCUCAAACGAGUAAAUACGGUACUUGACAUUACAUAACUCGGCCAAAGACACUGGGCACGAGUGAAUGUGAAGAACUUGAUGUUACGUUAUUUAUGAAUGUACAUCAAGUUGUAAGUAAAGAGUUUGAAUUUCUUCUUAAACGUUUGUUGUAGGACGAUUUGCAUCAUUUUUUAUUAAUUAUUGAUUAUCGACUGAUAUAAUUUUGUCUUAUUUGUUCAAGAUGGGUGAGAUGGACUCGGCUACAAUCAACCAAGAAUUUACCGUAAUUGGUGAUUUUAUUACAUAUUACAAAUGGCUAUUUGAUGUGAGUAGUUGUUGCGUUACUAUAAAUUAUAUGAUCUAUUUCCAGCCUACAAUUUUAAAUUAUCAAACCGCAAUAAAUGAACAACUGUUGCGCGUAAAUGCUACCGUUAGCGCGUGCGUUCCCAUUUCUUGAUCAAUCAGUUUUCAGCGUUCCCAUUUCUUGAUCAAUCAGUUUUCAUCCUAGGUUGGUGAUGAUGAGAUCUUAAAAAAUCAGGUAUGCUUUAAUGAUUGGAAUGUAUUAUUCUUCAAACAUUUCACAUGUCGUAUUGAAGAAAUAAAUAAUCCCUGAGCGCGUUGGGCGAAAGCUUGUGGCGAGGUUACUAAUUCCACACUGGUAUUUACAUCCCGGUAUGUGUAAAGGAAAAUGUAGCGCAAUAUAAAGUCAUGUCCUUCAUUUUGGUCAUGGACGUUGGACGAUUUCCUUCGUUUUUUGACACGUUUUAUAACUUUAAUGCGCGUUCAAGCGGACACAACAAUGUUGGCCCAACAUCGUGCAUUUUAUAAAUGUUUUUGAUAAUUUGAUAAGAUUUAUCCAAAUUGAAAAUCUUUGCUUUAAAACAUUUGCGAAACUUGAAACAAUAUAAAACAGUGGCGGACACCUUGCGAAAUAUUGGGCGGGGCGGCGGAGCUUCUAAUUGCACAGUUAUUCAGCUAUCAUUCACAAGGUUUCACAGGCUUCCCCCACCCCCUCCCCUCCCCCUCUUAGUAUCCUGAUAUAAAACAUUAUUUGAAAAUGAUUAGUUGGUAUUGGGCCAACAAUGUUGAGUUCGUUUGACUUUGUAUAAUCAAAUUUAAAUUUGAUUUGAGGCUUUGUUUGAGAUUACAUCAAACUUAGACUUGAUCAAGUUGUAUCAAGCUUGUUAUCAAAUCGCAGCGUGAUGCCAAGAGCAGCGCAAUGUUAUGGUUAUACAUGCAGUGUAAUACGAUGGGUGCUUCCAAAAUGUAUAUGCAUACUGCACAAUAAGCAGUUUUUAUGCAGUAAUACGAAAAUAAAAACAAGAGCUUCAGUAAUUGAUUACUCUAUUUUUAACUAUUAUAGUGAACUGUUUAUUAUACAUAAUUUCAUUAUAAUGAAUUAUUAUUACUGACAAUUAUACCUUUUUCUUGGUGGUUAGAAAAUUGCAGAGGCCAUGAGUAAAAUGUUACAAUUAACUCAUUCAACUUCACAGGUAUGUUUGUACAGGUAACUGUGAAAUUCAUUAUUAUAGUCUAAGGCCCCGUGUUUACAUGAGACCGGGACGAAGUCAAACGGGAAUGAAAAUUGAAAUUGUCAACAUGUUUACAUGAUACGUAUACCGGCACGAAAAUCACAAAAUUUUCAAUUUAUUCCCCUUGCCAGGCAUUCUUCUUUUUUAGAUGGCUUUUGUUAGCAUGUGUUGUUCCAAUGUCAAGGUUUACAGCCGAGACCGGUCUGAAAUGUAUUUCUGUUUUCAUUCAUCCCGGUCUGAAGUCAGUCGGCUCGGUCCAGCAGGCAGAAUGACUUGAGACAAACAUCUAUUAUAAAUAAUAUUAUGACCGAAACGAAAUGGUCCCGGUUUGACUUCGUUCCGGUCUCAUAUAUAAACGGGGCCUAAUUGACAGCUUUGUACCCAAACAAAUUUCAAAAAUUGGGUCACUUGUACAGCCUUAAUAGCCAUGCAGAUUAAUGUAUUGAAUCGUGAAAAUACUUAUUAGUCAAAAGCACUGCUGCAGGUUGAUCUCUUCUAUACAACUUCGAGUUUGUGUGUAACUACAAUCCCAACCAAAAAUAUUGACACACUAGUAUUUACAUAUCACGUACAGUUCACCGCAAUACACUCUCAAACAAUCAGUGGUUAGUGUAUUGGACUGGCAGUUAGUUGCCAAUCUGCAUAUAAUUUACGUAUGUGGGAUAUUUUUAGUAAAUGUUAAACGAAUUAUUGAAUUUCAAUUGCGUACUACCGAUUUGAAACGUACCUUGAUGUUGUAGGUCGUACUAUACUACGUACUAUUAGUCACGAUUUUUAAUCACUUUUAUUCUUUAGAGUAUUAUCCGUGCAGACGUGAUCAGUGAUAUGACGUUGGACAUAUAUGCCUUAAGCACUGAAAAGGAGUGCUCGCGAAUUACCGUAAGUUGAACAGAUGCGCUGAGGUGCAAGAGAUUUACAAAUACCCCCCAAGUCAAAACCGAGAGGCAAAUCAAUUAUUUAAAUCACUUUAAAAUCACAACAAAUCACAUGAAAUAUUAUAAAACAAAAAUAUGCAAAAAAAAAACCACCAAAAAAUCAUAUAAUUUUUUGAUAUCGAUCUGGUACACUUUUAUAGGAGUGAUUUGCCCCUCUGUCAAAACCUACCAAUUAUUUUCUUUAUUAGAUGUAAUGAAUUGAUUAUGAACAGAUUUUUUUCUAUUGGCCAGGUGUUUUCAGACACAAAAGCUAGUAAAAUAUGUCAAGAAGUGCAAUCUAAAAGGGCAUUGGCUCCAGAUUUGAACUGGGCGUUGUUUCAAAAUGUAAAUGAAGAAAUCGGUAAGAUCCAAUGGUGUAAAAAUGCAGUAAUCCCAUUAAAUCUGUUAGUCAUAAUCUUCGUAAUACAAAAUAACCCUCGUGUUUUAUUGUUAGAACGACCAUUUCCUGCUACGGAGAAAGUGCUGGCCACAGUAAUUGAAACUGGGAAAUACAGUCAACUUAACAGGGGUAGCCGUUUGGUGGUGAAGGAAAACUACGUUCUACAAAAACUUCAAGCAUACGUAAGUGUAGUUUAUUUUAUUUUUGUUUUGUUUUAUUUUACAAUCUGAAAGAGCGUGUUAAUCAUACUUGCUCCAACCUCUUAAAAAAUCUACGUGAUCCAUAGUGAACCCCUUCAGCGUGAACCCCUUUAAAAGAUAUACGUGAUCGUGGGCGCGUGCAGCCGCGCGCUCAAACGCUGCAUCGUUUUGUGUAUAUUUGUAGCGUUUCCUUGGCUGUUUUGUAAAACAUAUUUUGCAAUUUGCUGUAUUAAGUGUUUGUUAUCAUUAUCAAGAAUAUUGGAUAAAUGUUCGUCGCUGUUGUAGAUUUGUGAGUGAAUUUUGUGGAUAUGUUUCGUUGUUUCGUUGGAUUUUUGUGUAUGCUUUUCGCUCGAGUUCGGCUUGCGUACGUCAGCAAACACCGCACGCGCAAGUGAUGACUUGUUAGAAAAAUGCGCGUGAGAAGUGGAACAAAAGCUAAAUUAACCAUUCGUAAUCAAAUUUUAUCAUAUCAUUAUUGUUUUAAAUACAUUAUUAUCUAUUUGAGAUAAGAUUCAGUAUAAGGUCUUGGUAGUCUACACUUGCAUCUCGAGUCUGUGAAAAACGGUCGAUGGAAUAUAUCACAUCAAAAAUAUGCCUGUAGCAAGUAUUGUUUGCCUUCUUCGAGAUCUUCUUCCUUCAUUUUGAAAAUAUAAUGUAUAUGAGCCCGCGAACAAACAAAGACAUUGGAUUGCGGUUGGGUAUCAAAAGUUGGUCUUCAAAAAAUAAGUUGUGUUUUCAACCAAUAAACUGGUGAUUUUCAAAAACAAUGUUAUUAUUUUAAUGAAAUGCAAAACAAAGUUAUUGUCUCAAAUAGAUAAUGUGUUUAAAAUAAGAAGUAAUAUGAUCCUCAAAAUAUGAUAUAGUGAAAUGCAAAAUUGAUUUUUGGUGGACAUGGGACACCAUAUCCCAAUUCUCCUAAUUAUACGGUUAUUAAUAAAUCAAUGUCUAUAAAUAUAUCGUAUAUAAUAUUCACAAUCAUGCUUUUUUAUAUAUUCUUAUUGCUAAUGAAACAGUCACUGCAAAAUGACACGUCAGUAAGUAUUGCUGGCUCAUAUCAAACAAUGAAAGAAGUAAAAAGAAAAGAAAAUUGGAAAAAAUUAUGUGUUAAACUCGAGAAAGGAAUACUGACAGUACAUAAGAACCUCAAGGUUAGUUAUUGCUUAAAUGUCUGCUUUAUACAUAGACAUAGUCAGAAGGAGUUGUGGGGUUUGCCUCUCCCCUUUUCGCGAAAUUCAGACCUGUACAAAGCAUAUACAGUACAUUUUUAUUAAGUUGUUGGGUAAAUUUCAUCUUGGAGUCGUUAUGCGUUAAGUGGUGAUCUGAAGUCCAUAAAAUCGCUCCAAAAAAUGCAGAAAAUGACAUUCCAGAGAUUUUCAAUGCUCCCGAGUCCGGGACGUCUCUUAUACAUUUUAUAGAGAGUGGAUGCUGUAGUGGACGUCUCUUAUACAUUUCAUAGCGAAUAAUUAUAAGCAGAGUAAAAGGGUACUUUCUAGUUUUCAUGACCUGACUUCGUCUUUGAGUCUAUAUCCUUAAUUUUUUCCUGAGAGGGUGAGAGUUAAUAAGAAUAGUAAAAAUUUUAUUCGUUUGAAAUCCAAAUUUUAUCACUGCACUCUCGUUACCUUUACUAGUUGAGAUUACUAGUUGAGAUUUUGCAUGUUGGAUGCAGAAAAACUAGCUCAUAACGGGACGGGGGUAGAUGAGUCACGCGAGUGCUUACAAUCACAGUGUAUCUGGACCCAAAGUGUGAGGAAAGAAAACGUCGAGUUAAUAUAUCUUGUUUUACUUCUGAUCCACAGAGCAAAGAUGAUAUUGAUAGUUGGCCUUUAUUGGAGACAACAUUAUAUAUUGGUGUGGAUAGGGACAAGAAACCGCUUACUGGGUAAGUUUUAACAACCUAAUGAAAUCUUCUGCCUAAUCAAUUAAAAAGAUAAUGAAGAAGACUUAAUUAUAUCUAUAAAAUUAGGGAAAGGUAUCCCAUGAAACCUUGGCCCCACCAGCAAAUAAAAUUGCAACCACCAUUCUAUGACAUUGUACCGUUAUUAGAAUAAUUAGGGAACUUUAGAUUCGCUACGGCUACGAAAUCUGGUACGACUAUAUACGAGAUUUUUCCGUUAAAUAUCUGCUACUACAGACUUUCUAUCGUCCUUUCUUUUGCAUACCACAUCUUUAUAGCAACAGUUGUGCCAAACCACUCACUAUUAUAAGUUUUUAGUAGCUGAUAUUUAAUGGAAAAAAUCUCGUAGUCGUACUAGAUUUCGUAGCCGUAGCGAAUCUAAAGUUCCCUAUUAUCCCCGAGCUGACGGUGCGAAGCGCCGUGGGAGGGUACUAAAUCCCACCGGCUAUUUACACCCGGGGAAACGAAAGCAUUAGCGAAGUCUAAAGUUCAUCAAUGAUCGCGGGCGUGGGUCACCAACGGUGUUGGAGUAUUGGGUGGGUGGUCAUCCUCACUGAUCUCAAAAAUGUGGCAGACUGUCAUGAAUAGCGGACACUGAUUGGUCCAAUUUAAAUUUGCAUUAUAACGACUGCAUGACGACAGCGAAAUAGCAAACAUUUCUUGAUUCGAUGAUUGAUAAAUUUCUUGCAAAUAUAUUUCAUUUUUGCAAGAUUUUGUAAAUUUCAAAAGCUUUCUCAGAAAAAAAGGGCGAAAGAAUCGGAAUUGCUUUAAAACCUGACGGCCUUUGCGUAUAUGAAACCAUAGGUAGCCCAACAAUCAGUGGUAUUAAUUCAUUUCUGUUCAAUAAAAUCAUACUACUACUUAGUCCCCGACUGCAUUGUUUACGCGCGUUCAGAUCAUGUACGUAUCCCUUACGUAUCCCUAUAGUAAUCUGACCGCGCGUAAACAAUGCAGUUGGGGACUAAGUAGUAGUAUGAUUUUAUUGAACAGAAAUGAAUUAAUACCACUGAUUGUUGGGCUACCUAUGAUGAAACAACUAAACAAGACAGCAUAUAAUUUCAGUGUAUCUUUAAUAUUGAUUCCAUUUUUUAUUAUAUUGAAUUUUUUAAAUAAAAAAACAAAGCAAAGUUAUUUGCAUGCGAGAAUUUGAAAUCAUUUUAUUGCAAACUCAAAGUUUAUCGAUGAAGCCAUUUAAUUAUUAAAGGCAGUUUAGUUUUAUAUUAAAAAACACUUUAAAACGUUUUGCGAAGCGUUUGUGGUUGAAUUUUACCUUAAAUUGAAGCUUAUAUUACGUAUAAUAACACACCUAACAUAUAUAUGUUGGGAAAUUGAUAAUUUUGUAAUUAAAAGUGAUAUUUUUAGGCGAUUUUUCAUUUGUAAGAAUAUUCUUAAAAAAUUAUCGCGUUACCAUGACAACUACUAUAGAUACUUCAUGUUCGGAAAAUACAAUGGUUUUGUCAGUAAGGCGAGGGUUUCUGCAUGCAUGUAUUUUCUAGUAUGUAUUCAUAAUAGCUGUCUGUAAAUUCUAUCUGUAUAUUUAUGUAAUAUAUUAUCUAUUGUAUUUCUGAUCUGGUAUACAGUAGGAAGGUUUGCAUCCGAUUGCUAUUUUUUUAUAAUUGACUACAGGGCGUUUAUAAGAUAUCUUAUAAACGCCCUGUUGACUAUCAGUCUGCCAUUGUUUUAUUAUAGAACUCCUAUCCGAUGCAUAUCUUUAUAUACUUGUGGACUCAAACAUGUGCCUGCAUGUCUCCCUAAACUAAUCGUGUUUUCCAUAGUAACCUUUACAUUUUCUUAUAUAGAUUUGGUUUCACAAUCGUUCGAGUAGCAAAAGAUGGCCAGUGUGUUUACAGGUAACAUAAAUUGAUAUAUCAUUGUAUAAUUUUGUUGUUUAAAUUAAUGGAGGAAGAACACUUUCAACUUUUAGUUUGUGUUAACAGUCAUGUCAAGGAGGUAACGAGCGAAUUCAUACAAUACCAAAGGGCUUCCUAUGAUCUUGAACAAGUUUGUUGAUAAGUUAAGAUUUUUCUUCCAUUGAAAUAUGUAUGCGUCAUCCUCCAUGCAUGGCUGGAGAAGUUGAAUGCAUGGAGCGACGCUACCUCCAUAUAGUAUAUAUGGAGCGAACUCCAAAACGUUGUUGAAUUAAGAAUUCAAGUGUUACUAACAGUAACUACAAAAAUCGUAUGAAAGCCGUAGAGCUACCUUUCUAAACCUGUACUGGCUAACAACUCCGAAUAUACUACGUAAGAGUUAGCUAUCUAAUUCUGGAGUUACUGUACUGGCUAACAACUCCAAAACUCGUGCUGAGCCAGUUAUCCAAGCCUGCAGGAGUUGCAUGCUACUACGGCAUAGACUAAUAUAGCUCCAUUCGAAGAUUUGCUGUACCUCCACAACAAUAAAAUCUUCAAGCAUGAUCCUCCAAAUGUUUGAUAUACUAUAUAUAGUGAGGAUAUGAAUCUAUAUAGUUCAUAAACAGGUUGGUAUACAUCCUUGGACAACUUCAAUAAAAUUGCGUCUAUACAAGUAUAAUCUUUUGUGGAAAGUAUGCAGUUCAAUCAUUCAAGCGAGUGCAUGUAAUACCGCGAAAUAAAGCGAUAGAAUGUCCAGCUUCGGACGAACUAAACAAAAGGGAAUUGCAGCCGUGAUAAAUUCACUCGUACGUCAUCAAACGUAUCCUAUCAUUAUAGAGUGGACGAAAUGCAUGUGUUUUCCCACGUGUGAGAAAAUUCAUUCGCAGCUCAGAUUGGCUUAUGUACAUUUUGAAGCGAGUUUUAGCAUGGCUAAAUCCAUUCGUAAAGCUCAGAAUUAUAAUAAAUUAAGAGACUAUAUGUAUUGUUUUUAAUAUCGUAGAUAUAUUUGCUUUGAAGAAGAAAGAGAGCAGUAUAGAUGGAUAAAUAUGUUUUUAAAAUUAAAGGUAAGCUAAAAGUCUGGUGAAAGAAAACAAAUUAUUAAUGAUCUCACGCAGGUGGAUCGAACACAAAUUGCGCAUUCCUAUACUCUUUUGACCACGAUUUUAACAAAUUUCUUAUUUCAGUAUCAAAUUUCAUGCACGAGUCAAAUAUUUCUUAUUUAGAAACAAAGUCUACAAUAAUUAUUGUACUUUAAAAUAAAUGAGCAGAGCUUAUAAUAAAAGGGUUUCGUACAAGUCUCAUGGGUGCAUGGCUUAAAGCUUAUACUCGAACGGCGUCAAAAUUUCUUCAGCCUUUAUAAACGCGCACACCACCUCAUGCUUUAUAUUACAUGAAGCCAUGCACUAUAUGUGCACUUAUAUACUUUGUCACUAUUUAUCCUAUUUUAGUAUUCAGGAGUAGAGGACCUCUGGACAGAUCCUUAUUUAGAUCCAAUUGGAUAUUACGCUGAAGCUCUGGUAAGAGUAAAGUAAAAUAAACAUGGCAUACAUAAAUCUAACUUAGUGGAAUCGUAUUGUUAUAUGUAGCUGCUCACUGACAGUAUAUCGAUCGCCAACUUUUCAUAUUAUUUUACUCAACCAAUUAUUAUUUUUUCUCAAAAAAAUAACGGACAGCGUAUAGCUAUACGGUCCGUUGAGGCUAAUUUCCACUCCGGAUAAUAAGCAGCGGAUCGGACCGGAUUGGAGGUUUUUCCGAUCCGGUCCGAUCCAGCAAGCGAUUUCCAGUAAAAGGACAAGUGGAAUGAUCGGAUCGGAAAAGGAAAAAAUGGAGCUCGUUCUAGUCUCACAAAUUACUAUUUCGCGCUUAUUUCAAAACGGCAGCGGCUCUGAACAAGCGUGUCCUUCAUCUGAUUUGUUUACGUCGUCGCCAGUAAAGGAGAAGCGAACAAGAAAAAUACAAAAAUUGGAUAAGAAAAAUUUUCCAGGAAAGACAAUGGAAAAGUAAAUACCACUUAUUGCUAGAAGAGUUAAAGCUACCAUGAAUAUUUUUUUAAGCAAUUUCGUAUGUUGCCAAGCAAAUUAAUUUAAAGAGCUGUUGUACUCUCCAAUUCUUGUAAAUUCUCCCUCGAAUUCUCCAAGAAAAAUAAGAAAACUCCUAAAUUAUCCUCCAUUUUGUAAAUUUUAUACAGGUAUUAUUCAAUUAUUUUAAUUUAUGUGAGAUAAUACGGCAUUUUGGUUGGUCGCCAGGUUUAAUCCGCGGACCGGACCAAAAAAAAGUUGAAAAUAUUUCAAACUUUUUAUUAUCCAGAUCAAUCGGAACCAAAAAUUUCUACUGAUGGCGCAUGCGCGAAUUUUGUUUUGAUCCGGAGUGGAAAUUAGCCUUUAAACUUUAAAGUCAUAUUUGUUAGUGUUCUUCGGAGGCCCUUUCAUUGAGCGAAUGAGCAGCUCAGCGGAAAGCACUGAUAUAAUUUGGAGUUAAUGAAUAAUGGAUCCAGCUGAGGUAUUUUAGUAACAGGGUGGUCAUGUCGCUGUCUGCGCCUCAACCCCAAUCCAUUAAAACCGCCAGCUAUGCGCAGGCUAUAUAUAGUUAUGGAAUGACCGAUAAUUAAUUUAAUAAUAAUGGGCUCCGUCCUUGGCUCGGGGAAUAUAUUGAAGAAUUAUACCAUGAGCUAGCUCGAGUCGUAUAUGAACUGAUGGCCGACGAGGUGCAUGCCACCGAGAUAUCUUCGAAGGAAUGAUUGUAAUGGUGACUAGUCAACUGGCAAUAAUUAGUAUAUAUUAUAUACAAAUAUGUAAAUUGUUGUGUAUACAUGUAUAUAAAAGCAAGUGUUGUGCAAUAUUUAAUGUAGUGUGUGAAUAAGGCUUUUUAACUAAACGGCUCGUGAUAUUUCGUAACAGUAUAUGAUAUCUGUUGGCCGUUUCUUUUCCGUAAUAAAGCCAUGAACUCACUAUUGACAGUACGUCUUUGUCGACUUUGAACGAAACAUAUUUUUUCAUUAUUAACAGGCUCCUGUCAAACCAUUACCACGUCAGGUAGGCUUUUUGGUUAUUAAUGAGAAAGUAUAGAAAGUAAUUUGAACUGGAAACUAUAUAUGUACUCAUUAUAUAGUUGCAUUCUCCCGUACAAUAACUUUAAAAUGUAUUAUUAAAGGAAUACCGAAUGGUUUUCCGUGCAGGAUUUGCGUGAUCCAUGCACGAGAGAUGUCGCGAGACUUUCGGAAAGCGUAAAAAUACUCGAGUGUAUUUUUACGCUUUCCCGAAAGUCGAGCAACAUCCCAAGUGCAUGGAUCAUGCUAUCCUGCUUGGAAAACCAUUUGGUAAUUGUUUUAUAAAAUAACUACAGUGAAACAAUGACAUUUUGGGAAUUCCGCGAAGGCGUUUUAAUUCCUCGUGCAGGAUAGCUUGAUCCUGCACGGCUAUUGACCAAUCAAAAUGUGUGUUUCACUGUAGUUAUUACAUAAAGGCAUUUCUUUCAGCUUUCUCAUCAGCUGUCAUCAAUUUUUGUAACAUCUUUUGGUGUAGCGGCUCGGUUCACGAUUUCGUGAAAAGAGUUCAACACCAUUAGCAGUGUGUCUUUUUAUGUGUUCAUUUCGCUUAUUCAUUUUCUCCUGUAGCAUUUUCGCUUUCAUUUUUUAACAAUCGUUUCAAACAUUCAUUUUCACAGAGAACUCCAAGCAACAUUCCAGCUGGAGCCUCCGCCAAUGUUUUAAAUGAACUUAAAGAGAGGCAAUUAAGAAAAUCAAUAAAAAAAUAGGAUAUACGAAUUGCGGUAUAGUUAUAAUUUAAUCCUCUCUUUAAUUAAUUUGUAUAUGUUAUAAAUAAUGUUAGAGUUUCAGUGUCUUCGAUUUAUGGACCGUAGUUUAGGAUACCAGAACAGUAAGUUAGUCAAUGGUCAUGUAUUUUUACGUACAUUGAAGAUUCUUGUGCAUGGUACUGUAAGCAAGGAAACCAGAUACACAUUCAGGUUAGAUAUUGUGUUAAAUAAUACCGUUUGGUACCGUAUAAUACUGUAUGCUUUGUGUUUCCUGAAAUUGUCGGCAGAAAAUAGAUUGUAACCUUUAUUUUUAUUCCGUAUUGGUUCCCGUUUGCACCGGAAAACUGAUAUAAUUUUUUUAGUAUUGACCAUUGACUAACCCGAGGGGUGUAAUUACUCCAAAAAUCUUCCCAUUUCCAUUUUCCCCAAAAUAAAAAAAAUCGUGGAAUCCAGCCAAAAUCUUUGAAAUCUCUAAAAUCCAAAUCACUCAAAUCCUAUUUGAUCGUGUCAAAAAUAUCAUUUAAUUAAUUAAUAUCCGAUGACAAUCUCGCAAAAAAUCCCCAAACCCCUUUUGUGUGGAUUUUGAAAUCCCCAAAAUCCUCGUGCGCUUUUUCAGAGUAUUAGUACGUGUGUUAUGACCUCGAAAAGUGCCUAUAAAGAAAACGAUUUUCAUCAAGCAUGUCUUAGAUCUGAAAUAUUUUUACGGGAACUAACACUUUCGAACACGCUGAGUUCAAAUCCCAAUAGUUCCGACUCCGUAGACCCGCAGUUUUCUCACAAACUGCUAUUUUAUCUUCACUAAUUCCACAUUGUUCAACCACAGGCGGCCCAAUCUCGCAAGGGUCAGUAUAGACUUAUAGUAUAAAUGUAUAUUAUAUUAAUGUAUAUUAUAGUAAAAAUAUGUCGUAAAAUAUAAAUUUUAAAAUGAAGUUGACUUGCCUAUUUGAUAGUG